UUCGGAGAGAUGAACAAUGCGCACGCAGUUUCCAAAGCUACUUCUUCAUCAUUUUCGAACCGGCGUUAACCUAAACGUAACAGUUAUCACGAAAAAUGCGGUAUGUAGCGGGUUAUUGUUGUCGUUUCGGGUUUGUUUUUCGCGGAUGGUGUUUUAUACAAGUUUCUAAUUUGAUUGCAUGUUCGGAUAUUCAUUUACUCUGAUAAUUAUUUCCGGAGCAGAAAAUGUAGAAAAUCAACAAAACAGAAAAAAAUAACAACUAGGAGCGUAUUACGUAUGUUUAAACGUAGUAUACACGGCGAGCGUGCUGGAAUAAAAGGGAGAAUUGGCGAAGCAAAAAUUUCGCAACAAAAACGCAUCCUCGUUGGAAGUUAUUUUGCGUUCAUGUUAGACGAUGAUGGAUUAACGUUAUCGCCGGAAAAAGUGAAAUAGCUUAUCUGGGAGGAAAGUAUCGGGCGCAAGAUGGUUUUUACGAACGUGAUCGAGGAAUGCGUUUGAUGCGUGACCUAAUGAAUCGAAGACAGUCCGAAGGUCCGAUUGCCAUGAGCAGCAAUAAUCGAAAUGCUCUACAAGAUUUAGAAGAAAUUUCUAUUGUUUCUUCUAACGCAACGCCGUCGCAGGUUAUUUACGGUUCAGGUCCGCAAGCCGCAAAUGGGCCCAGAGUUGUACCAGGAACGAUUACCACCGGAGGUCGAAUAGGAGAGAGACGGAGUAUAUCGGGAACGAGGUUGAAUAUGGGGAGUCCUGGUGGUUAUAUGCCCGGAGGAGGAACAUCUUUUAAAGCAAGUAUGGAAUCUCUAAAACCCACCGACAAAGGUUUAAGUUCUGUUUCAAAGCAAAGUUUGUUGGAUAUGGUAAGCUCUCGGAUAAACGUUCAUCGAAAUAAAGCUCCGCAGAGAUUUCUUUCGAGAGAAUCAUUAGCAACGGGUUAUGGAAUGAAUCGCACAGUUACCAAUUCAGAGCUUGAUAUAAAUAGAAGUUACAAAAGUACUCCUCGACGUAGAAGUCAAGACAGAAAAAUAGCGACAAGAGUGAAACCACAAUCGAGCGGGAAUAAUUUAAAUUCAGCUCCGUCCGCUGCCAGUAUGGAUUAUAGCGAAAAAUGUUCAAAAAAAUCAGAUAGCAAAUCCAGAGGAUCGUUCGGUAUCCGAUGGACGUUCGUUUUCGAUCCAGCCGGACGAAUUAGCUACUAUUGGCACAUGGUAGUUUCGCUAGCCUUCCUUUAUAAUUUAUGGGUUAUUAUAUUUCGAUUCGCAUUCGCCGAAAUAAACCGUGACACGCUACUAUUUUGGUUCUGUUUCGAUUACCUAUCGGACUUCGUAUACGUGUUAGAUAUUCUAAUAAGCUUUCGCAUUGGUUACCAGGAUGACGGAGUUUUGCAAACGGAUACUGUAAAACUUCGGAAUCAUUACAUGAAUUCGACGAAUUUUUACGUCGAUUGCUUGUGCCUGUUACCUUUAGAUUUUCUAUAUUUGUCAAUCGGUUUUAAUUCCGUUUUACGAUUAUUUCGUUUAGUUAAAGUUUAUCGAUUUUGGAUGUUCAUGGAUAGGACUGAAAGGCACACGAAUUAUCCUAAUUUAUUUCGCGCGUUAAACCUGUUACAUUAUUUACUAGUGACGUUUCAUUGGAAUGGUUGUCUUUAUCAUAUAAUUUAUAAAAAUAAUAAUUUCGGUAGUCGUAAUUGGGUGUACAGUGAUGUCGAAUCGAACGAUAUUUUAAAACAGUAUUUGCAAAGUUAUUAUUGGUGUACGUUGGCUUUAACGACGAUCGGUGAUUUACCUAAACCGCGUAGUAAUUUCGAAUACGGUUUUGUGAUAAUGCAAUUAUUAUUCGGAUUAUUGUUGUUCGCGACUGUAUUAGGCCACGUGGCCAGCAUCGUAGUCAGUGUCAGCGCUUCCAAGAAGGAAUUUCAAGCUAAACUCGAUGGAGUAAAAACGUACAUGCGGAUGCGCCGGGUACCAGCUCAUUUACAAACCAAAGUGAUAAGAUGGUUUGAUUAUCUUUGGCUCACGCAGAAGUGUUCCGAUGAAGAAAAAGCAAUUAGUUGUUUACCAGAUAAACUAAAAGCUGAAAUAGCCAUAAACGUACACCUGGAUACUUUGAAACGAGUAGAAAUAUUCCAAAACACAGAGGCCGGAUUUCUUUGUGAAUUAGUGCUCAAAUUACGACCAGUUCUUUUUUCACCCGGUGAUUAUAUCUGCAGGAAAGGUGAAGUUGGAAAAGAAAUGUAUAUAGUUAGCAGAGGACGAUUACAAGUAGUUGCAGACGACGGUAAAACCGUAUUAGCGACUUUACGAGCGGGUUCGUAUUUUGGCGAAAUCAGCAUAUUGAACAUGGGAACGGCGGGGAACAGAAGAACGGCGUCUGUUCGCUCGGUCGGUUAUAGCGACUUAUUUGUGCUGUCAAAAAAAGAUAUGUGGGAUGUGCUAAAGGAAUAUCCGGCGGCUAGAGUUAGACUGGAGGCAAUUGCUACCAAAAGACUAGAAAAAUAUAGAACAGAUCCGGAUCCGUUGGAUGUACAAGGUCUUUUCGGAAGAAGAUGUAAAUCGACGCCGGGUAUAAUCGAAAGUCACGAAAAAGUGUCGCUAGAAGACAUGUGGAUAUCGCCGUUUACCGAUAAUUUAACUCAUCGUAAUAUUAGAUUAGAACCUCAUUUUCACCAAGUGCCAUCGUCUACUCCGAUUCCAAGUCCUAGUUACAGAGUAAACAAACCUUCUACCCUCGGAUCUCCUUUAUCGAUUAGGUCAAGUGGUCAUUCAUCUGAGCAAGAACAAACUCAUGCAUAUUCGGAUAGAAAUCGUCUCGCUAUUCCGCAAACUUUACCUACAAUUAGUCAAACCGUAUCCGAUAACGAUGCCAAUGACCUCAACGAAGUCGUCGUGCUGAAAGCUGAAAUUACUCGACUUCAAGAACAACUCAAAGAUGUCGAAAAACAGAAUAAAUUCUUGAAUGAAAAAUUAACGCAGCAGCAGUGGGACAUGGAUCACAGAUUGGCUGAAAUCGAGAUGCAAAUUUGCAGGGAUACCAGCAGCGUUGGGAGUAGUAUUGAUGAAAACGAACGCAACAGAGAGUCGGUUAUUUAACAGUUAAUGUUUUACUGGAAACAUCUACGCUUUCAUUAUCGAUGGAAGUUGUUCUAUCAAUGCAUGACGAAUAAUUUAUCGAAUUGCGGGGUCGAAGAUAGAAGUGAUGUACGAUUAUCGAAAUAUAUUUCGAUAUAAGAGCCUGUCACCGCCAUUGUUGAUCUGGUAUCCUUUUAAAAAGGAUUUACCUACCUGAAAAAUUUGUACAUAAUACGAUUAUAAUUGGGUUUUCCUCCUUUACAAAUCAGUUGAUUAUUUUAUAGAGUUUAAAUUUAAACUGAGAUUGUGUUAAAAAAUGUUAUUUUUAAACUUUAAGAAUACCUAUAUAAAAAUUGUGCUUUUUGUUUUGACAUACCAGAAAACUCAUUACGAACAAUGACUCAUAGACGUUACAAUUCAAACGACUCUAUUACCUCAUUAUUGAAAAUUUGAAGACCAAAGAAUUUUCACAAUUGAUAUUUCGAGUCGUUCGAUAUGAGUACUUUGAUUUAUAGUUUAUUACAAAUAGCGAAUUCUUUUUAGUUUAUAUUGUGUUUAAAUUCUAAAAAAAAAAAAAUCAUGUGAUAAUAAAUUUUUAAACGUUUAAUUGAAGUGUACCAAGGAAAAAAAAUCGUCAAUGAUGAAUUUUUCGAUUUUUAUACAGUAGCCAGUCGGGCUGACCUUUUUCUCGUUUACAAUGGGACCAACGAUACCGCAUUCAAAAUUAAUUUUUCCUAUAUUCGAUUUCUUAUCGAACGAGUAGUCGUCGUUGAUUUUAAUUUAUACAUUUAAAUAAGUACGAUAUUUAGGCUCUUAUCCUCGAUGGCGUGAAAUUCGCCAACUGCUCGAAAUUUUCCACGUCGAAUCCCAAUUCGAAAUCAUCUCCUGCCCCCUUGGAAAUUCGCUGCUAAUUUAUAAAAUGAGACUGCGGCGAAAAUUUAUUCAAAUUCUAACGCGACCGUAGUUUCACUUUAAAUUGCGUCUGGAUAGUAUUUUCUGAUACAAAGGGACAACAAGUAAAUAUCGCGGUGACCUGUUUUUACGAUUUAUGCUAAUUCGCGUUACAUUUUAAGAGCACUUGCAGUUCUAUAACUUAGAAUCGAGUUGAUUAUUACCAUUUGGGUAACUUUAAUAUUCAUAGUUUGUGUUUCCAUUUUAAUAGUGAUUACUUAUUUAACUAAGUAAAUGAGCGAAACGUUCUCGUUGGCCCGAAUUCCUGAUUAUUCCAAACGGUAUUGGAAAAAUAUCCGCUCUCGGAUUUUUUAAAAAAUUACGAUGCGAUUUACUUACGUGAGUUCUCUUUACAUUUAGGAAAAAGGUAAUUGCUUUCAACAAGAAGAACUAACAAUUCGACGACCAAGAAUAUCGAAAUAUAUUUAAAAAUUAAUUUUGAACCGACUCUCGACGUGAUUUUGAAUAAAUCUGUACCUAGAACUAUGUAGAUACUUUGGUAUUAUUUUAUAACCGAUGUAUUUCAACGACAUGAAAAUCUUUUACCAACAAUCUAACACUUCAUAUUUAAUCAAAAAAGAUUGUGUAUUACUUAGACGAAGUAAUUAUUACGUUUUAAUUUUUCUUGCCUAUAUUGUAAUCAUCAGUAACUAUUUAUAAAAGCUAUCGAACUAUAAAUGUCUUAUGAUUUACGUACAUUCUUUUGAAAAAAAAAAAUCUUUAAAAAAGUUUAUUUAAAUUUUACAAAUUUGUUUAUUAAUAUGUAGCGUUUUUACAUUUUUAUAAUUAUUGUAAAUAAAUUUGUUAUUUCUUA